UGACAUACAAGAUAUCUUGUUCAUGAUGCAUCAACGUGUGUCCUUACUACCACCAUUGCCAGACCACAAAUAUGAGGUGUCAUACAUGCUUCGGACAAUAAAGGGACUUUGAGAUAGAUACACAGCAGCGAUGGAACCAGACCAGGACAUAAAUCAAAGACCGGACCACAGUAUCGGACUGGAAUCAUCCAAAAUCCCGACAAAGGAUUCAGUAUGGGAAAGACUUCAAGAUUUGUUCAAUCCGAGGCCUCCGGACGAUGACGAGCCGCAAGAUUGGUGGUUCGCAUCAACCGCCAUCCCGCUGAUAGCGGCCACCACCAGCCCAUUCGCAAAUGUGAUGUCUAUCGUUGCGCUGGCCAUGCCUUGGAAAAGUGAGAUUCAUGCGGAUCAGAAGGAUCCGGAAGGAAAUCCUGUGCAGAUAAUGUUGUCAGAUCCCAGAUGGUGUAUCGGUCUUAAUGCUACCUCUCUUGCAUUUGGUGUGUUGGGGAAUCUUUUUCUAUUGUUCAACUUUACUCGGACCGUACGGUAUAUAAUAGCUCUACCUGCCUCUAUCAUUCUUUGGUCCCUGGCGACCGCUAUCUUGAUCGGAAUAACAAGCUCAGUGCACAUAUAUGCUAGCCCAGUACCGCCGAAUCAGACCUACUCUCAGGCGUACUGGUAUGCUGUAAUUGCGGCAAUCCAUUAUUUUAUUCUGACUGCCAUCUUAAUGAUCAAUAUGUUCGGAUAUGUUCUUGGACAUUAUCCUCAAUAUUUUGCGCUAACCGAUGGACAACGGACUUUGAUUCUUCAAACCACAGCGCUGGGAAUAUGGUUGAUAGUGGGUGCCGCGGUGUUCCAGAGAGUCAUAGGCAUCUCGAUCGCAGAAGCUCUCUACUUCUGUGAUAUAACAAUCCUAACACUCGGUUUUGGUGAUGUAGUUCCAAACACAGCGGUCGGCAGGGGGCUCGUCCUCCCUUAUGCCGUGAUCGGAAUCAUCAUCCUGGGUCUAGUAGUUGGUAGUAUCAACAGGAUCAUACGAGACCUGCAAGACACGAUUGUCAUACAAAAGCACAUCGAACGGCGACGAGAAGCGACGAUCGAGCGGUCUCUGAAGGAAGAAGACACACAAAGAAAUUUACAUCUAGUGUCUAAUACAUCACAGAUCGCCUAUAGGCCCAAAUAUACACGCAAAAUGCCGAUUAUCAGCAGAGUGACGACCUUUUAUCGCGGCUCGAUCGGUCAACCGAAGACCGUAGUGAUAAAGGAAGAAAAGGAUAGGUUCAACGCUAUGCGUGAUAUCCAAUCCGAAACGGUGGUAUUCCGUCGAUGGUAUCGGCUCACACUGAGCCUCAUUGCUUUUGGGAUCCUUUGGACGUGUGGCGCUGUUGUGUUCUGGGCACUGGAAGAAAGUUUUACGUAUUUUCAAGCCUUAUAUUUUGGGUUCUGUUCGCUCUUGACCAUUGGGUAUGGAGACAUUACUCCAACUACGAACGCUGCGAAGCCCUUCUUCGUGGUGUGGUCAUUAAUUGCGAUUCCGACGAUGACGUCGCUCAUCUCCGAGAUGAGUAAUACUGUCGUUGCGGUGUUCAAACAUGGUACCAGCCAAGUUGCAGACUGGACUGUCCUUCCGCAUGCUGGGAAGUAUAAGUCGUUCAUCAGACGGUUUCCUCCUAUCCUCGCGUACCUCGAGAAACGCGAGCAGAACAAACGGGUUGCUCGAGGCUUUUCUGUCGGCGUGGACGAUAUGGAGAGCACGCCGAAUGGAGAGUCCUCGGGCCGUGCCGGAGGCUCACGGCUGAACGAGAAACUAGCGAGUGAUAGACAACCUUCCGAUUUCGAGCUCGCACAGCGUCUCGCGUUCGCCAUUCGCCGGACAACGAGGGAUGCAGUUAACGGACACCCGAAGCGAUACAGCUACGACGAAUGGGCGGAGUUCACCAAAAUGAUUCGAUUCACUGAUCCAACACCUGGGGAUACCGUUCUGUAUGAAGAUGAAUAUGGCAUUCUUAAUUGGGACUGGAUUGGGCAGAGUAGCCCCAUGCUGGCGUCACAGACGGAGCCCGAAUGGGUUCUUGAUCGACUCUGUGAGAGCAUGAUUCGGUUUAUCUCCACGCAGGCUCAGAAGAGGAACUUGGAUAAAGCCAUUGGGGAUGUAGUGGAUGAGGAUGAGCCUACGUUAAAGAAGGAAAGAGACAUUUAGCGCUGCAAUGGGAGUUUACAGUGUUUAUGAUACGUAAUAUCGUGACAUACUUGGCCAUUCGCCGAAGUACAUGUUUGAAUGUCUACAUACAUGAUCAAUGCAGCAAAAUCGACACAAGUCUGGCGACCAACAUGCGAUGUAAGGC